GCACCGCCCAGAAGGAGAGAUGAGGAUGACGCUCCAGCCGAUGAGGAGAGGAAGCCUGCCCUAGGCGGUGGCGGCGGCAAGUACGUUCCGCCUAGCCUGCGACGGAAGAUGGAGGAAGAGGCGAAGCAGAACGAGGACAGGAAGCGUCAGGAUGAAGAGCGCUUUGCAAAGCAGAGGGACAGAGAAAGGCAGAUGGAGGAGGAGAAGGAAAAGAGAAGGGAGGAGGUUAGAAGCAGACAGCAGGAGCAGGCGGAGCGAAAGAGAGUAGAGGAUGAGCGACGACAAAGGGAGGAGGACGCCAAGCUCGAAAAGAAGAGGGCCGAGGAGGCUAAGAAGGCCGAAGCGGAAAAGCAGAGGAAGCUGGAAUUCAAGGCAGCAAAGGAGGCUGAAGCACGUGAGAAGCGUGAGGCUAUCAAAAGUGCCAGCCAAGCCCAGAAGAAGUCUGCCGGACCCACUUCCAAGAAGCAGGCCCACGACCCUGCGAAAAUUGCCAACUUCAAAGAGACCUGCGAAGAUGUGCUCAAGGAGGACUCCAACCUCGACAAGCUUGUGGAUGAGGUAGAGGAUAUCCUCACUGACAACGAGCUGUGCACCGUACAUCCUAUGGCCGGUCUCGUGGACUUACUUCUGCGGGAGAGCCGUGGGAAGGAGGACGACGAUGUCUUUGCCCUUGUGAAAAAUUGGGCUCCCGUCCUGAACUGCCUGAUUGACAAGUCUGGCAUCAGGCGAUUCAAGGUCAAAGUGCUGAUCGAAGCCCAGAGAGCAGCUUACAAGAUGGGAUUGCCAAGGCUAUCCCCCGCUACAGCUCUCCUAGAGGCUUUCUUUGAUGGCCUGUAUCGUGCAGAGGUCAUCGAGGAGGAUUACUUUGACAUGUGGGCCAUGGGCGAUGACGACACUCCCGGCAAGACCAGUGCCAUGUUCCAGGUAACCGCUUUCCUCGACUGGCUUCGUGGUACCUUGCGGGAAGACAAGGAGGAGGACAUGGAG